AUGGCUUCUUCUUCAAUUAGUAUUAUUAACAGCAUCUCAAAUUCAUUAGAACCAGUUCCAUUGCCUGCUCAAAAAAGUUUGGAUGUGAUUGGUUCUCCUGUAUUGUCCAAUACUAAUGCAUUAUCUUCCAAUGAUUCAUUUGAUGAUUUUGAGACUGUUAAAGAUAAGAGGAAAAUUAAAGGUAAACAUAAAAUGAUGACUUCGGCUCGUCUUAAAUCUGAUUUUGUUCCAAUAUCCGUUUCACCAAUACUCAUUACUUCACCUUCAAAUAUUCCUGCUGCUGCUGCUAUUACUAAUGAUAAUUUGAUAUCUAAUGGUGAUCAACAUAAUGAUGUUACUAAACGUUUAUCUCCUCCUCAACAAAUAUCUAUUACAACUGAAUCAACUAGAUAUACACAAACACGUUAUCCUUUUCCACCUUUCAUUAUUAAAUUUAUUACUGGUAAUGUUUUACCUAAACAAGUUAAAGAAGAAUUAUUGACUCAUUGUAAUAAUGUAUUUCAAACUGAAAUUAACAUUUUAAACUGCCGUUUAUCAAACAUUCGCACAAAUAAUGAUUAUGAUAUUCUUCUUUUUGUAAAGGAUUCUUAUUCUUACUCAUUCUUAUUGGAUCAUAAACAUUGGCCCAAUGUUUUUAAUAAUGUGAAUUAUGCUUUUCAGUCUGACCAGGUUAUUCCUCCUCAAUUAUCAUUGAUAGUUAAGAAUGUUUAUCUUCAUUUGGACUUUGAUGAUUUCUGUUCAGAAAUUAAAUUACGUUAUCCAUCUGUUAAAAAUGUGAUUAGAAUGAAAAAUAAAUUUCAAAGUUAUAUCAAAUUAGUUAAACUUGAACUUACUUCAUCUAGUGUACGAGAAGAAUUAUUGAAUGAAAAAAAAUUAUUAUUGGAUACAUUGCUUAUGAUAUUGCUGAGUACUUAG